AUGGCUACAUCAUCUGAUGGGAUGGUUCUGAAUUUCGACGAGACCGCGCAUUCAAUCACACCACUUCAAGUUCAAAAUAUCGAUUUCGUGUCGCGCGGAAGAAAUAGCUUGUCAAAAUUCACUACCUUCGAGCAAUACAAUAACACAUACUGCGAUCUAUUGAGGACCCGUUUAGCCGAAUACGAAACAUUUCUGGAAAAAGAUGGAAGCCUUGCGCUCCAACAAUUUCCCGAUGAUGUUUUUGCUUUCAAGUUCAACGAGCAUCAUUCCCGUGGUUUCCACCGUGGUGGUCCAACCCUCGUAACCCAGGACGCGAAUGUGGAUGUCGAUCAUCCGGUGUCCUGGGUCGACACAAUUAUUGCGUUGAACGAAGGUAAGUUCCAGAACUAUGAGAACGACGGGUCUUCGCGCGACACUGUAAAAGGCAAAAAAGUUGAAAUCUCAGAAUAUGAGAGAUGGAUGUUGGAACCCCUUCGCAAUAUGGAGUUUCCCAGCGAGAAGGAUAUCAAACAGGAAUACAAAGCAAGAUUUGAAACAUACAAGGAUUUACGUGAUCUCCGAGCGAGCCACAUGAAAGUUCUCAAUGAUUUAUUUCGCCUCGAAAGCAGACUAAAGAAUGAUUGUGAUGUGCUAGCGGUCCACUGUAGACCAGGCACUGUUACUCAAACUAUUCCACCUGACAAGGUUGCGCAAUCCUCUGAACAAGUCAUUGCGAAUGGCGAAAAUAACAACCCGACUGCUGGCGGCGCACAACAUACAGCGCCUGCCACACCUGCUACUGGAAUACUCGAUGCCGCGAUAAACCGUCAGCCUUCCCCAUCACCCAUACCAUCCUCGGUCCCAAGUCCUACACGUCCAAUUAUCGAGGACCCCGACUGGGGCCCGAGCCUGGCACAUAUGACACCAACGAACAUGCUAAGCUCUACCCGGAAGCGUUCUGCCACCAAAAAAGAGCACACACCGGAAAAGAAGCGCAAGCGGAUUCGAAUAAACCAAACCGAGGAGGAAAAAGUGCAUGGACCCGAAUUUGUUAAGGAGUUGUUCGAUGCGCAGCUCACUUUGCAAGAAAUGGUCCCCAAAUACGAGGCUAGGUUCGGGCUGCAACGGAGUAUGGACUGGAUUCGCAAAUUUCACGUUCGCUCCGAAGAAAGGAGGAGUUCUGGAUUUACUUUCCCACCAUCAAGUUUACCACAUCACAGCACCUCACCCCGUACUGCGCUUGAUCAGAGCCAAGAGUCAAGGAGAAGAUCCACUUCUAGUUACAUUCCACCUCCUGCCGCCAGUUCCUUUUCUGAAUCUGCUCAGCCCGCAGAGCAGAAUGGAGGAUUUACCCCGGCGAACAGAGCUGCUGCGUCUGUUAAAUCGCCAGAAAUAAAUGGAGGAUUCACGCCGACAAACAGCUUUGUUCCUAUGAAUCUCGUCACCUCACAAGACGCGGCUGUUAAUCCAUUUCAGCAGUCAUAA